AUGUCUGUCAACGAUGUCCUCACUACGCAGCAGCAGCUAUCAACAGCAAUUGAAAAUUUGUAUACUAAUUUCAAGAAGGACGGGUCUGAUAGGAAGACUCCAGACUAUAUCAAACGCAGAUUAAAUGCUCUAGACGACUAUUGGUUUGAGUAUGAGAAGAAUUAUCAGCAUUUAUCACAACUGGAUAUGGAUGUACCAAGCAGAGAAAGAAUAGAUCAAGAACGUGAAAGAUUGAAGGAGAGAUUUGACAACAUUAGAGCGCAUAUCCAAAACUAUCAGCCUUUGACAGAGGAUAGACCUGGAACAACACUGUUAAAGCCUCCUACAUUUGUCUCUAAAACAAAUUCAAUCACGCCACAAAUAAGUACAAGAUCAACAUCGAGCAAAACAGAAGAAAUGUUAAAAAAACAGAAUAGCAAUUUUAAAGCAUUUCAACGAACACUAUCAAAUAUCAACCUGGAAUUAGUAUCAGAGAAAUGGGAAUUCGAAGACUUGUUACGUACUCUCCAGUCUCGUUGGGCAGCUAUCGAUGCCUUACACUGGGAGCUGGAUAGCGAAUUGGAUGGUUCCAAUGAAGCGUAUGAAGAAACCUUCAGCUUCUAUGAACAAAAAUUUAGCCAAGUCAAGAAAGAUAUCAAUACAAAGAUGUGGUCUGAAAGUCACCGAGAAAAGUCCACACCCCAGAUGGACAUACCUACGUUCACUGGCAAUUAUCAUCAGUGGGUAUCAUUUAAGGAUUUGUUUUGCGAAGCAGUUCAUACCAAUCGAACCUUGUCAAAUGCCCAAAAAAUGCAGUUUUUGAAAAGUAAACUUAGAGGAGAACCGGAAAAAAUGGUACAGCAUCUGCAUAUCAGUUCGGACAAUUAUCAAGUUUGUUGGGAUUUGUUGAAUCAUCGAUACAAUAAUAACAAAUUAAUUUUUGGGUCUCAUAUCAACAUUCUUUUGAAUUUACCUAUCGCUCAACAGCAAUCAGCAGCACAAUUUAAGAAAAUUUAUGACAGCGUAAACGAAAGCCUAAAUGCCAUAAAAAAUCUAGGCAUAGACAUAAGUUCAUGGGAUCCUUUGGUGGUACAUAUAUUGUCUCAAAAAAUAGAUGUCGAGACUCACAAAGACUACAUCGAAUCCCUAAAGAAUCCUAGAGAUUUACCAACUUUAGCAGAUUUUUUAAAUUUUUUGGAAAAUAAAUUUACGUCACUAGUAUCAUCCCGACGCAAACAAGACUCCACAACAAAAUCCUCUCAGCCUGAAACAACAUCUCAUCGAAAGAAGCCUCAUUAUUUUAAAUCAUUUACCAGCAAUCAAAAUCAAGUCACAAAUUAUGCACAGAAAAACUCACAAACAGGAUGUCCACUAUGCAAAAAUGAAAACCACGGCAUAUUUCACUGCAGCAACUUUCUCAAAUUACAACCAACGGAAAGGCGAAAUACAAUUGCGAAAUUGAAAUAUUGCUUCAAUUGUCUUUACGAUCACUACGGCAAAAAUUGCAUAUCGGCAAAACGUUGCCGCGAGUGUAAUGGCAGAUCAGCUAACACACUCAUACACGAGGCCUACGUGAAGCCGUUGACCUCAACAACAGAACAACGUAGAAAUGCUAGCAACGUGUCACAAAAUAAUAUAAAUGAAACCCUCUUAGCAAUAGCACUAGUAAAAGUACAGUGUGUUAAUGGCACUUAUAUCAAAAUUCGAGCGCUGAUUGAUCAGGGUUCCCAGACCUCCCUGAUUACUGAGAAGGCAGCUCAAAUGUUACAACUUCCUCGACAGAGGUGCAAAGGUGUCAUUUUCGGAGUAGGAGCAAAGGAAAAUAACUGUAAAGGUGUUAUUAACAUAACUUGCUCAUCGGCUUACAGCGACUAUCAAUUUACGUCAGAUGUGUUUAUCAUGAAAAACUUAAUUAACAAUCUGCCCAACAAGACAUUCGACAAACCAGACUGGUCAUAUCUAGAAAACAUUCAACUCGCCGAUCCCGAAUUCAACGUGAGCCGCCCAGUAGACUUGUUGCUGGGGGCGGACGUCUAUUCUUCUAUCAUAUUAGGCGGUAUCAUUUCAUCACAACAAUCACAACCUGUGGCACAGCAAACACGUCUCGGGUGGAUUUUAUGUGGCAACGUAAAAUCCUAUCAAUGCAACGUUAUUAUGAACAAUAUAGAUGAGAUUCAACGUUUUUGGGAGAUAGAACACAUACCUGACGAACUCACCAUGACCCAAGAAGAUGCUCAAUGCCUGGAGUAUUUCAAAAACACGACAACAAGGCAAGAAGAUGGGAAGUACAUAGUUAGAUUGCCAUUUAUAUCAGAAGCAGUUCAAAAAUUGGGAGAAUCAAAAUCAAGAGCAAUAGCGCAGUUUAAACAGUUAGAAAAAAAGAUUUACUUACCGAAAAGAUAUUGA